GUGUUUUGUCAUAAAGUUGAUUAUUACAUCAUAAUCCAACAUGGUUGACGCAUUCUUGGGAACUUUUGUUGUUGAAACGCGAAACAACUUCGAUGGGUUCAUGAAAGGCGUUGGUGUACCGGACGAGUACAUUGAGAUCGCACGAAAGGUUUUCCCAACGACCGAGAUCACGAAGGACGGCGACAGUUUCACCGUUAAAAGGAUUCGACCCCAAAAGACGACGAGCAAUACGUUCAAGUUGGGAGAGGAAACCGAAGUGGAGACGAUCAAAGGCGACAAAGUCAAGGUAACAAUCAACAUGGUUGGAUCACAAAUGGUGACAAAGGGUGAGAAUUAUUGCGUCACAACCGAAAUGGAUGGCGGGAAAUUGAAGGAAACAAUCACACUAAAGGGUCACACUUUGACAAGAUGGUCCAAACGCGCAUAAAUCAGCCAUGUUUGCUCUUAAAUUCACAUAUUUGGUCCCAAUGUUGUAACUCAACUAACUACCCGAAAUAUUGUGGUAUCAAUUCGUGACGUAAUCAUGCUGUAAUAUAAAUUCGCCUUUAAUAAAUCUGAUAUCUAUGCUA